GUUCAUCAAACUAUACAGCGCAGUGUACAAGAGAACAGAUCUUAUCAAUGGGAAAUUACAAAUCAAGACCUUCCCAGACGUGUACAGGUAAAACGCUGGUCUUUGUGUGACUGUGUACUUUGUUUUCUCACUGACAACAAGGGCUGAACCUCAGUGUUAUUACAAUGUGUGCUAACAUGGCACUAAUACUUGGGAGUGGACAUGUACUCAUGGCUAUGUUUAUAUGGGUGCUUAAAAAGGGAUCGAGUGCUAAAUGUUGUGAUGUUUCACCCCGUUGUCGGCCUGUGAAGAUGAGUGGAAGAAGAAGGUCAGCGAGUCGUACUCGGUGAUCGUCGAGAAGCUGGAGGACGACCUGAAGCUCAAAGACAGCGAGCUGGCGGAUCUCAAGCUCGCUUUCAGGAAACAAGAGCCACAUCUGCACUCUGAUGCAGAAAGGCCUGCGUCCGUCCAGACUGUCCAGGAACGGCUUCACCGCGCUUCACCUGGCAGCUUAUAAGGACAACGCCGAGCUGCUGACGGCGCUUCUCCACGGAGGCUCAGACGUCCAGCAGCUGGGAUACGGCGCCCUCACCGCCCUGCACGUGUCCACGCUGGCCGGGCACCACGAGGCCGCGGACAUUCUGCUGCAGCACGGCGCCUCCGUCAACGUCCAGGACGCCGUCUUCUUCACGCCACUGCACAUCGCGUGCUACUACGGCCACGAGCAGCUGGCCAAGCUGCUGCUGAAGUUCGGGGCGGACGUGAACGUGAGCGGGGAGGUGGGCGACCGCCCGCUGCACCUGGCCGCGGCCAAGGGCUUCCUCGGCAUCGUCAAACAGCUGAUGGCGGAGGGAGGCAAAGCGAAUGUGAACGCCCAGGACAACGAGGAUCACGUGCCUCUCCACUUCUGCGCUCGCUUCGGGCACCACGAGGUCGUGCGUUUCCUGCUGCAGGGCAACUUCGACGCGCAGCCGCACUCAGUCAACAUCUACGGAGACACCCCGUUACACCUGGCUUGUUAUAACGGGAAGUUCGCAGCCGUCAAGGAGAUCGUCCAGCUGUCCGGCACAGAGAGCCUCUCCAAGGAGAACAUCUUCAGCGAGUCAGCGCUUCACAGCGCCUGCACCUACGGGAAAGACCUGGAGAUGGUGAAAUUCCUGCUGGGCCAGAACGCGAUGAGCAUCAACCACCAGGGCAGAGACGGACACACAGCUCUGCACAGCGCCUGCUUCCACGGACACAUCCGCCUGGUGCAGUUCUUGCUGGACAGCGGCGCAGACAUGAACCUGGUGGCCUGCGACCCGAGCAGGUCCAGCGGAGAGAAGGAGGAGCAGACCUGCCUCAUGUGGGCCUACGAAAAAGGUCACGAUGCCAUCGUCACGCUGCUGAAGCACUACACGCGGCCGGACGACUCCCCGUGCAAUGAGUACUCCCAGCCAGGAGGUGAUGGUUCCUACGUGUCUGUCCCAUCUCCGCUGGGAAAGAUCAAAAGCAUGACGAAAGAGAAAACUGAGGUUCUCCUGCUCAGGGCCAGCCUCCCGUCCCACUUCCACCUGCAGCUGUCUGAACUGGAGUUUGAUGAAAUCAUCGGCUCAGGCUCCUUUGGGAAGGUCUAUAAAGGCAAGUGCCGGAAUAAGAUCGUGGCCAUAAAGCGCUACCGGGCCAACACGUAUUGCUCCAAGUCGGACGUGGACAUGUUCUGCAGAGAGGUCUCCAUCCUGUGUCGCCUCAACCACCCCUGCAUCAUCCACUUCGUGGGCGCGUGUCUGGACGACCCCAGCCAGUUCGCCAUAGUCACCCAGUACAUCUCUGGAGGGUCCCUCUUCUCCCUGCUGCACGAGCAGAAGAGGCUUAUUGACCUGCAGUCCAAGCUCAUCAUCGCCAUUGAUGUGGCCAAGGGCAUGGAUUACCUGCACAACCUCACCCAGCCCAUCAUCCACAGAGACCUCAACUGCCACAACAUCCUGCUGUACGAGGACGGACACGCUGUGGUGGCCGACUUUGGAGAAUCCAGAUUUCUACAGUCGGUGGAUGAAGAUAACAUGACCAAGCAACCUGGGAACCUGCGCUGGAUGGCUCCUGAGGUGUUCACCCAGUGCACCCGCUACUCAGUGAAGGCCGACAUGUUCAGCUACGCCCUCUGUCUGUGGGAGCUCCUGACUGGAGAAAUUCCCUUCGCUCACCUAAAACCAGCUGCAGCAGCAGCAGACAUGGCCUACCAUCACAUCCGGCCUCCGAUCGGCAACUCCAUCCCCAAACCCAUAUCGGCCCUGCUGAUGAGAGGCUGGAACUCGUGCCCAGAGGACAGACCACAGUUCUCUGAAGUGGUCUCCAACCUGGAAGAAUGCUUGUGCAACGUGGAGCUGAUGUCCCCGGCCUCCAGUAACAGCAGCGGCUCCCUGUCGCCCUCCUCGUCCUCCGACUGCCUGCUGGGGAGGGGAGGACCCGGUCGGAGCCACGUCGCCGCCCUUCGGUCCCGCUUCGAGCUGGAGUACGCGCUCAACACCCGCGCCUACGCGUUCUGGACUCAGAGCGAGCGCCGUCGAGCGUCCGGAGGCCUCUCGCUGGAGGAGCUGCGGAGAAACAUGCAGUUCUCGCCCAUCGAUCGCAACGGAUACGUUUCUGAUCCCAUGAGCACCGUGAGGCUCUGCUCGUUUUUCAGCAGCAGCGGAAGCUUUGAGGACAGCAACUAACCGUCUGCAUAUAAUCACAGUUAGCAUAUUUUUGUGAAUACAUUGGGAACCUUUUGUUCCACUAGAUAUAUUUGUGCUGUUUAUGUCUUUAUGCAAACUGCGUGCACAUACUGUUACGAAAAAAGCACAAAGGCACGACUGCAUCCAUCUGAUAGUUUUUAUAGUUUUGAAUGGUCAUAUAAUACAAGUGUUCAGGCAGUGAAUAUCAAAUGAAUGGGUGAAGCUCCACAAACAGGCGAGCAGCCAGUAGAAAUGAGCGAGCUGCUGUUUUUAGGGGGAGGUAGCGUCAGCAGCAACCACCAUAGAUCACAUUUGACACGUCCUCAUGUAACUGUGAACGCUGUGGUGUAAACUAAUAACGUCCACGCGGGAUCAAACCUGACUUCCUCGUGCCCCUUCAGUGGAAAUGUAAAAUCAGAGGGGCCGACCAAGCUGUGGGUCCACGGCAACUAUGAAUUAUUGAGUCAUUUGUGAGGAUCUGGUUGCAGGUAAUAGGUGGCAGCAGCUUUACCUGAUACCGCCCAUGAACCAUGCCUCUUUGUCACAGUACCGACAGUAGCACGAUAUCAUCUAUUGUAAACAUGUUGUGCAGUGGUUUUGAAGACCUAUUCAUGUGAAAAUAAAAACUGGGUUGUGUUCA